GAACCUGACCUUUUUGACCAGAGACAUUCAUGACAGCUGAUUGUCUUGUCCGGCAAAAACUGUCAACUUUAGCUUCUGUGAACUUUAGCUGCUAUUUUCGUGUGAGGCUUUGUAAAACUGGACAUCAACAGUGUUUUAAGCGGUUAGCAGUGUUUUAUUGGACUGCAGCGGCCUUGUGGAACAGUGGGAUGUGCGGUGUUCAAUAAUGCUAGUUGAGGAAGACAAGAAACGUGCCGAAAACAUUCUAGAAGCUUUUCAAGUGAACUGGAUUUGCCUUAGGGACGCUGAUAGUGGCCGAGUGAUUUGGCAGGGACGCGAAGACAUCAGCCAACCGGACAUCGAACAUGAGGCUCGAGUACCUCAAAACAUCCUCAAAUGUCGUGCAGUAUCUCGAGAGUUUAGUUUUAGUUCCAAAGAGGCGAUACAAAACUUUCGUCUGGAACAGAAAGUACUGUUUAAAGGGCGGUGUCUCGAAGAAUGGAACUUCGAAUUUGGUGCUGUUCUGCCGGCAUCGACAAACACAUGGCAAUCAACCAUGGAAGCCGCCCCGGAGUCGCAGAUGAUGCCCGCCUCCGUUCUCAACGGAAACAUCGUCAUCGAGACCAAGUUCUUCGACGAAGACCUACUGAUCUGCACCUCCAAAGUGAAGCUGUUUUACGUGUAGUCGAGUCCAAUCGGGCCGUGGAUGGCACCAGUGCGAGCAAAACCGUUGUGAUAUUUAUAUUCCUUGCACUUUGCCACUGUGUGGAACACCUACUCGCUUUUCCGGACAGUUUCAGUUGCUUAACAACAUUCCACGUGCAGCCCUUUUUGAUGCUGUUUCCUGUUCAAGACGCUUCGCUCAUUGCAACGAGUUUUUGUAUUUUUGCACCGAAUUGAACUAAAUAAAUAUAUUUAACU